AUGGUUGGCAUAAACCCGAACAACGCGUCUACUCUAGCCCGCAUCUCAGUAAUCGACUACCUCACCAACGAGAUACUCAUCGAUACGCUCGUUCAGCCAACCGAAUCUGUCACAGACUGGCGAACGAAGUACAGCGGGAUCACAAGACAGGCUAUGGCGACUGCGGUGUUGAAGGGGAAAGCGCUGAGAGGAUCAGCCGAAGCACGGGAGGAGCUGUUCAAGUAUGUCAAUAGUAACACUGUUCUUGUCGGCCAUGCAUUGCAGCAUGACCUGUUAGCCCUGGGCAUCCGACACGACCGCAUCGUCGAUUCAGCAAUCCUAGCCGCCGAAGCCGUGGGAAAGGGUGUGAAGAGACGAUGGGGACUCAAAGACCUAGCCAGCCAACUGCUCGACAUCAAAAUCCAGGGUGGUGACAAAGUAGGCCAUGAUUCUGUUGAACAUGCGUGUGCGGCUAGGGAGGUAGUGUUGUGGUGUAUUGAGCAGCCGAAUAAGUUGAGAAUGUGGGGGCAGAGGAAGAGGAAGGAGUACUACGGCGGCAAAAGCAAGAAGACUAGUGUCAAGAAGGGGAUUAGUUCGAGGGGGUUCCGUCCGUCGGCUUCGAGACCGGGGUGGUGUGGGUGCCUUGAGGAUGAUGAAGACGUGUUGACGUGGUCGGAUGUAGCGGGGGAUUGUGGGGAUAGGAAUUAUGAUCCCUGGUCGGACUAG